GGCGCAUGUGCAAGUUAGCACGGCAUGCACACCCGUCAUUUCUAUAGUUUCACUUUGGGAUUUAUAUUUGUUAUUGGUUUUAGUUUCUAAACUAUUUUUCUAAAUAUUAAGUUUUAGUUUUUCAAGAAUUCUGAACAUUUCAUAUUAGAAAUUUUCAAAAGCAUUCACAGUAUAAUCAUUCAACAUGACCUAUUAUCCUCAACAUAAUCAAAAUAUUGGAUUUGUUGAUAACUUCACUCCUUAUCCACCUACUGGUCCAUAUUUCCCAAAUUCUUCUCAACUCAGGAUGAAUGUUGGAGACUACCCGGGACAGCAAGGUUUUCAGAAUCAUGGAGGCUAUCCAAACCCUGGGGGCUAUCCUGGUCCCUCAACUGGAUCCCCACCUGGCGGUUUCAUGCCUCAAGUCUCACCGACUCCUCAAAUUUCACCAACUGCACCUGAUUUGAGCCAAAUGCAGAAAAUUCCUGGAUACGAGACAAUAACCUUCAAGGAAGAAAUUCUUCCUCCACCAAUAAUACCAGCAUGGAAACCUGAUCAACAGCAGACUAGGCAAAUUGACAGUUUACCUGGUUUAUCUGAAGAAGAAGUUCGUAGUGCUGCCACUCAGUUUGUAUCCGAACAUUGCUGCUAUGGCUCAGCUCCCGUGCGGGAAAUGAUAUUUACGGAAAUCCAAAUGAUGAGCGCUUUUCAUUAUAAGCUGGAAACUUUUGGUGAAAAGCGAGAAUCUGCUUGGCGAUUUGUUCCAUAUACUGGUCAACCCAUCGAUGGGCCAAUGAAUGGACCUGCUCCUGCUGCUUGGGAUGUUGUAGCACUUCCUCCAGAAUAUUUCAAGAAUGGGAAAUCAAAGAUGGAAGUGCCACACACAGCUUUUGUGAAGCCCUGCCAUACAUGCGUUGGGAAUUCCCGAGUUCGUUGUGAUUCGUGUUUUGGCAAUGGCAGAAAUGAAUGUACUUGGUGCAAAGGACGUGGCCGAAGGACUCAGUUUGAUCGUGAUGAAAUUUGUUCUCCCUGCAAUGGUACUGGCUAUAAAAAGUGCUUUACUUGUGAUGGUUCUGGUCAAGUAAAAUGCCAAACUUGUAAUGGCAAAGGAAACUUAAAAGGAUAUGUUGAAUUAAUUGUCACUUGGACCAAUCAUAUAGAUGAUUAUAUAUCAGAAACUUCUUCCAUGCCAAAAGAACUUGUCAGGGAAGUUACUGGGAAAAUAGCAUACGAAGAGGAAAACCCUCGGGUUUGGCCUCUUAUGAAUGCACCUGAUCAAGCUGUGGUGAACGCCUCCAGCGAAUAUAUCAAUAAACAUAAUUCAGCUUUCCCAAAUGAACGCAUUUUAAAGCAGAGACAAGUGAUUCGUCUCAUCCCCAUUGGCCAAGUGAGGUAUGUGUGGAAAGAAAAAGGUGGAGAGUUUUAUGUCUAUGGUUAUGAGAAGAAAGUUCAUUUUGCAGAUUAUCCUCAGAAGUGCUGCUGUUGCUCCAUCAUUUAAAAGUAGUUGAAAGAAAUUUCUCUUCUAUGAACCUACUGAGUGCUUUAUUCUUUCAAAUUCAAUAUUUUGUGAUAAGAUUGAAAUAAUUUAAUUUUUUUUUAUUUUAUUUCAUGCCAUAUUUUAAGAUGUCAAUAUGUUUUCGAAAAAAAUAAGAUUUCAUUUCUCUUUACCAUUAAUUAAUCAGCAUAAUAGUUUUAUUUCAAACAUUAUUCACUGAAGUAUGUUAUGGUAAUAUUAAUAGGAUACACCAAGAAUAUUCUAUCCUGUUGCUGAAAGCAAUGCAUCACUUUGUUAUUUUUUUUCUUUUAUUUUCUUUAACAAACUAUUAUGUGUUUCCAUGCAUCUUUUUUUUUUUGAUUUUUUAAAUUUUAUGUGUCAAAUGUUGUGCCAUUUUGUUGCUGUGCAUUUUAGAUUCGACUGUAGAAAUUUUGAAAGAUACCUCUUAAUAUUAAUGUGUGUAUUAUACAUAACAUUUCUUACACAAAAAUUACCUUAAAGUGUUCCAAUGGAACUUCUCUUUAUUUGUUCAAUAUAAAUUUUAUAUUCAAUUUAUGCACAGCUGUGCAUUUGUUUCUUGAGAUAGAAAUAAUUCAAAAGUUUGCUAGUUUAAACAAAGUAAAUUUUAUAACAAAGAAUGUGUGACUGAAGAAAAAAUCAUUUCUUAAAACGUCAGCCUAUUUUUCAUCUACUGAUGUCGCCAAAGAUUUGUUAUUUUCUUGUAAUUACAUAUUUGUUAUUAGUUUGUACAUAAACCACUUAGUAUCAGAUGCAAUAUUGUUCGGUAAAGUGCUUAAGGCUUUCUGUAGUUGUUCAAUAUUUUCCUGAAUUUUAAGUGAUAUUUAAUAUGUCAAAUAUUUGUAAUAUGUUCUUUUACAAGCUGUUCAAAUGUUUAUGUUCAAGUAUUACUUUUUGAUGUUGCUGAAUUAAAUGUGCCUUAUGUAUGAUAUAAAUACAGGAUAAAGCUUAAGUAAUGUGUGGUGCUUAUGUCAAAGCCCAAAACUUUUGUGCCUUUUACUUACAUAUGUCUAGGAUCAAAUAUGUUAAUAUCUAUACUUCUAACAGAAAGAAAAAAAGAAUCAAAUGUAUGAUGUAUAUUUUCUGAAAUCAUUAUAUCAAAGCUGCCUUUUCAAAAGUCUUUUGAUUUGUGUAUAGUUUAAUAACCACAUGUAUAUAGAUGGUGUAAAACAGGUCAAAAAAUAUAAAAGUGUGCAAAAAAUUUUUUUUACUAGAAAAUAUAUAUAAGUACAGUUUUUAUCACUGAUUUUCACUGCUGUACCAUCGAGAAAAAGAUUUCCAGUUUUUAAAACAAAUCUUAACUAAUUUGUUUCUAUGUUUUUUUAUUUCACAGUGCUACAUUAAAAAAAAUAGUUAGCUCAGCAGUAAGUUCUUUGAAUACCAACUCCGUUUUCCUUUGAUGACUUUUGUUUCAAAAUUCAUAGUUUUAUGAACACUUAUAAUUUCUUGCUUGAUGUCAAAUCUAAUGCUUCAAAAUAAGUAUGUACAUUCUUUACAAAAUAUAAUGAAUAAAUUUUCAUAAUUUUAUUUGCGAUUAUUUCAUGACAAUCAGUUGCUUUAAAAAAAUUUGACUGAUUGAAUGUGCUUCCCAAAUAAUGAAACUUAAUUAUUCUAAGUAGCAUAUUUUCAUUAAAAAUUCUUAUUCCACUCUUUUUAAGAGGAUAAGAUCUUAUAACUGUCAAAAGAUUUUUGGCAAUCGUUUUGGAUGUGAUAUGAUGUUUUAAAAAGCCACGAAAUGUUCCUAAAUGAUAAACUUGAAAUUAUUUUUAUGCAAAUAUUAUAUUUUGCUACUUGCACAUAUUUUUUGUACAUAACUUGCACAUAUUUUUUGUAUAUGUUUGUUAAAAUUUUAUUUUUUAUUCAGAUUAAUUAUUUUUAAUGGCUGUUCAAGUAUAUGUAAAACCUGAUUCCUUUAUGUUGUAUUUCAGGUUGUGAGUAUGCUGUUUUUUUUAAAUUAUUAUUAUUAAUUUCCUUUUAUCAAUUUUGUUUUUUAAAAUUCUUGUUUCAUUCUAAGUACUCAUUUUUUAUCCGAAGUCAAUAAACUGAACAUUUUCACACGUUGUCAUUAUAUCAAUAGUUUGUAUAUUCACAAACCAUGA